AUGCCACUCGAGAAAGCGCCAGGCAUUCCGGCAGACGACCGUCUCUACCACAUCGAGAAGGGUUGGGCUUUCUGCACCGCGUGCGUCAAAUACCGUCGUUCGGAGAUCUUCGUCGUCCAAGUCGCCAACAAGAAGUUCCCUCACACUGUCCGUUGGGUCCGUUGCGUUCCACAGAAGCUCGCAAACCGACCGGACGGCUCGAAGGCUGUCAUGAAGAUGAAUGACGAAGUCAGAGAGAUUCUCUACGAGAUUGCCGUGGAUCAGGGUUGGACUUGCUUCGAGGGCGACAAGACCAAAUUUCCGCUGUACAAGAAGCCUCCCAAGGUCAUCAAAGCUGCACAAUCAACCCAAAACAACCGUGGCAAAGCUACUGCUUCCGUCUUCACCGGCACUUCCACAGUCUCUAAGAAGCGCAAGAUCAAUGCUCCUGAGCUCGUCGACAGCGCUACCAUCGGCCACCCGGUCAAGAAGAAGAAGACCGACGCCCCAGUCGACGAGGAACACGCCGAAGCUCUUGAGAAAGCGGAGAAGAAGCGCGUCGAGGAGGCCGAGAUUGCUCGUGAAGCUUCUCUAAAGGCGAAGAUGGUGGACGGAAACGGUACCGGUGAUUGCUAUUACAUGCCGAUGGAUGGUAGUGGAGAGUUGCCCAUCUCAAUGAUCUGGAUCUGUGAUGAGCACACUAUCGAUCCGGUCAAGCUGGUCGGUCUCUGA